AGAGAAAUUUUAUUGGGAUUAAGAUCUCAGUCCAAUUUUCUUUCAACAUUAAUUUUGAAGGGAAAGAAAAGCAAAGAAAGUUUUGUAUUCUCAAUAGUAUUAUGAAGAAUCCCUUAUUGAUCUGUAUGUGCUCAUAAAUUGUAAAUAAUUACAAGACAUCUUCAGAGAGCAUAUUAUUCUCCUAUGCGCAUUUAGAUCUUAUUAGUGGUCAUGAAUAAGUUGAGCUCCUGCCAAAAGACCCAUUUCAGUUUUUACUAAGAAACGUUCUGUGACAGUUUGUGUGGGGUCUUCCAUGAGAGAACUACCAAUUCCAGAAUAGAUGCACAUUAUCUGGUUUUCAUAGAAAGUAAAUGAAUCAUCUUAUUGGGCACUUUAGUAGAAAAUGAUAACACUCUUGGCUCUUUUUUGAUGGAUGAGUGACAUCUUAUGAAGAAGAAAGGUAAAAUUCUCUUCUGCCAUUGGACAAAACAGAUAAUCUGCAGCUCUGGAAAUUCCUGGUUAUUUCUAGUCCAAGUACUAACUAUACCCAACUUUGCUUGCUUCCUAGCCCAAAGAAGACAUGAGACCAUGACAGAAGCCGAGAACUUCACCUCUGUCAAGGAAUUCAUCCUGCUGGGACUCACCACCCACAGAAGAAUCCAGCUUCUCCUCUUUGGGGUGAUUCUUAUCAUCUACUUGCUUACAGUAUUGGGGAACCUGCUGAUCAUCCUAUUGGUGCAGGUUGAUGCAAGACUCCACACACCCAUGUAUUAUUUUCUUUCCCAACUUGCAGGGGUAGACAUCUGCUAUGUUACCAGCACCAUGCCUCUCAUGAUGACUCAGCUCCUGGCUGAUGAUGGAACCAUUUCUUUCACAUUCUGCAUGACCCAGAUGUACAUUGCAUUGGCCACAGCUGCUAUUGAGAUUUUCCUGUUAGCGGUUAUGGCCUAUGACCGCUACCUGGCCAUCUGCCGUCCCUUACUUUACCCUGUUCUCAUGGGCAAGCACUGCCAAUUGCAGUUCACUUUAGCAUGCUGGAUCAUAGCUCCUCUGAUCUGUGUGGUUUGUAUUGUCUGCCUUGUUUGUCAAAACUAUUGUGGCCCCAAUCAGAUCAAUCACUUCAUAUGUGAGUUGCCAGUGGUGCUGAAACUUGCAUGUGGUGAUACAAGUAUUACUGAGGACAUUAUUUUUGGUUUAGGCUCAUGUGUCCUUCUGGUUCCCCUUUGUUUCAUAUUGACCUCCUAUGGAUUUAUUCUUUAUUCUGUGUCAGAAAUGAAAUCAAGUGUGGGGAGGCAGAAGGCUUUCUCUACCUGUGUCUCCCAUCUCCUUGUGGUCUCCUUAUUUUAUGGCCCUUCCAUCUGCAUGUAUCUGCUUCCAAAGACCGAUGCAGCGCCUAAUCGUGAUAAACAAAUUGCAGUCUUCUAUGUUGUGAUCACUCCUCUGCUCAACUCUAUCAUUUAUACCCUGCGAAACAAGGACAUUCAUAGGGCAGCAGCCAAAAUCCUGUGAAGAAAGACCUUUGAACAAAACUAUUAGGGUUUGUGUCAUGAUUAAUCAAUCAACUCACGGGUUCUCUGCAUGAUAUCUCUCUCAGCCUAGUCUUUAUUCAAUAAUUGUGUUCAGAUGUUAAAACAUCAAAGCCUAGUUCUUAUGAAAUAUGGAAUAGCUGUUCUUGUGUCUGGUUGUGGUGUGAAUUAAUCAACUUUUUUUUUUUCUUUCUUUCUUUCUUUCUUUCUUUCUUUCUUUCUUUCUUUCUUUCUUUCUUUCUUUUUUAAAAAAAGCCCUAAUUAUCUAACCGUAGUUGAUUGUGAGUAUUGCUCCAGAUCGUCAGAUCUCAAUGGAGCUGUACUGUCCAUGCUAGCUUCAUAUGAAACUGUGUCAUUGAGCGAUGUCAUUGAAGGUUUAGAAGUAGGGUGUACUUUUAAAAAGUAUAGUGACAGAGCAUAGAAUAUAGCUUAUAGCUGAAUGCUUUCCAUGCAACAGAACAGCAUGUAUUAGAAUGACUCUCAACUUGCAUCCAUCCUGGAUUAAUUCUUCAGAUGUUUUCUUGAACCUGGCAGCUUCAUUUCCAGAAAAGGAAGGAAGAAGUUCAGAAAACAAGGGUACUCUUUUUAAAAUCAUUUUUUAUUAAAGAAAAUGUUUACAAGUAAAAAUAACAUAAAUUAAAAAAAAUUAGAAAAUUGAUAAGCAAAUAGAAAAAUAUUAAAAAAAGAAAAAGAAAGUAAAAAGAUAUAAAGAAGUGGCUUCUGAUAUCAUAUUUAUGAACAUACUGAUACUGGAUAGUGGAGUUGUGUGAGAACAAGUCUUUUUUUAAAUCACCAAGAGAAUAAGGAGAACACCCAGGCCUUCCAUUAUCAGCCACUGAGAGAAAGGGGGGGGGGGCGGCGGAAAUUGAGGGAAAUAGAGUUGAGGUUGAGAACAGAUAGAUGAUCUGUGUCAUUUUCUAGAUGUUCACAGACUGACCUUAUCAUAUCUUCCAUGAUUUUUCUCAAGUGUCAGUGACAGUUGGCCAGUAGGAAUCCCCCUGUCCAGAAAACACAUUUGAAAUUUGGGGGUGUGGUACAAUAAAUUCAGCAGUUGUGACUCUGAGUUGAGUCAAGGGUGGCAUUGCCACAGUGGCAUUGUUAAACAUGCAAAACAUUGUGUAACUCGAAUGGUGUUGGAAUAUUAGAGAAAUAUUGUUUUGAAUGUAAGAUUCAUGAGUUCUAAUUUUUGGAUCAUGCGUCUUUUUGAUUUUAGAAAAAACAACCUGCCCAGAAUCAUUGAUUGAGUUAAAGAUUAAUUACAAGUUGGCACACUACUAUGCACUCCACAACGCUCCAAGGGGAAGUAACUCUAUAGAUACCAUACUACCGUAUUUUUUGGCAUAUAAGGCGACUCGGCGUAUAAGACGACCCCCCGACUUCGGUGCCGAUUUCCACGCUUUAGAAAGUCGUCUUAUAUACCGGAAAAUACAGUAACUAUGUUAGUUUCCUUUUAAAAGAUGUUACUGAAAUUUAGAACUGAAGAAUUCUGGGAGUUGAAAUCCACAUAUUUUGAAAUCUCCAAAGUUGAAAAACUCGGGUUUAGAAGGAAGUUGUAUGCAUGUACCUUUUCAAACACACAGUUGGAGCAUAAAGAGCUCAUAGUUGAGCCCUUUUCCAGGCAAGUCAAAUUCUAGAACAUUGUGUAAUAUUAUCAUCCUCUAGGUGUCUAUCUAGUGGAAUGUGCAAAAAUUCUUAGUAUAUUCUUUACUUAAAUUAGGGCCUUAGAAGGACUUCCUUUUUUUUCUCUUGUUUUAAGCAAAAUUGAUCUGCUUGGUCAAAACAUCUUUUCUUGCUCUCAGGCAAAAAAAACCCAAAACGUUAAUAUGGGCAUGUUCCAGCUAAAACGUUUUCUAAUCUCAAAUGGUGUCAACACAGAUAUACUGUCAGAGUUGACUUCUAGAAAGGCCCAGACUCAUAUUGUGUCUCUAUAACUUAAACCUCUUAACUGCUCUUAUUAACCUAAUGCACAAACGAGAUUUUUCACAAAGACAAGCUCAAGGGAACUUGGCAUUUCUUCAUUGUGGACGAAAUGUUUGGCUCCUUUAGCAGAGAGGUGCAGUUCUUAUACAAAGUCCAAAGCCCCUUUUUUGUUCCUUAAGCCUAACCCCCAUGUAUACUUUUUUGAACAAGAUGUCCUUUAUGACCCAAAGGACCAGGAACUUACAAAAGAAAUCAGCUGUUCUUUGACAUGACUAGUUCACAUUAAGCUGGUCACUUAAGCUAUUUUUAUUCUUAGGUUGUUACUAACCAAAGUAAAUGGCACAUUAGACACGCCUUGAGUGAAAGUUUCUAGAAUAAUUGGGAUGUACUGAGAAAAAACAUUAAGCACAAUCACUUACUGUACAUACAAGAGGAAAAUUGAUUCUCAGCUCCUUUAAAGUCCCUUAUCAGACCAACAAUCAAGAAGUGAACAAUACUCCAAUCAAGAAACAGCCAAAGAAGCCAACACUAAACAGACCCUCUAAGACCACCCCAACACUGAUAGGCCUGGACACUAGAAUAUAAACUGACAACAAACCACACUCCUUACUAGCACUGUUGAUGUUACCUAGUUUGGGUAAUGAAAUGUCUGCAAGAAAACCAAGGUCAGACAGCACCAAGGAUAUAUCCCCCCCAUCUUUCUUGGUUUUGAAAAUGGACAUAGACAGAGAGUUUUGGCUAUUCAUUAUUUUAUCUCUGUUGAUAUAUUUAAACAAUCUCCUGUCCUUGAUUAGAUUUUUAAGAAACCCAAGAUGAAGAGCAACAAAGUAGCAAGAGGUGGAAAUAACCAAAGGGACAAGAGAAAUUUUAUUGGGAUCAAGAUCUCAGACCAAUUUUCUUUCAACAUUAAUUUUGAAGAGAAAGAAAAGCAAAGAAAGUUUUGUAUUCUCCAUAGCAUUAUGCAGAAUCCCUUAUUGAUCUGUAUGUGCUCAUAAAUUGUAAAUAAUUACAAGACAUCUUCAAAGAGCAUAUUAUUCCCCUAUGUGCAUUUAGAUCUUAUUAGUGGUCAUGAAUAAGUUGAGCUCCUGCCAAAAGAACCAUUUCAGUUUUUAUUAAGAAACGUUCUGUGACAGUUUGUGUGAGGUCUUCCAUGAGAGAACUACCAAUUCCAGAAUAGAUGCACAAUAUCUGGUUUUCAUAGAAAGUAAAUGAAUCAUCUUAUUGGGCACUUUAGUAGAAAAUGAUAACACUCUUGGCUCUUUUUUGAUGGAUGAGGGACAUCUUAUGAAGAAGAAAGGUAAAAUUCUCUUCUGCCAUUGGACAAAACAGAUAAUCUGCAGCUCUGGAAAUUCCUGGUUAUUUCUAGUCCAAGUACUAACUAUACCCAACUUUGCUUGAUUCCUAGCCCAAAGAAGGUAAUGUGGAUCUGAUGUGAUCAUUUUUGUUUUCUUAGAAAAUUAAUCAGUGUCAGCAGACUAGAUUAAGUUUAAUACAGAUAUGUUCUAACAUCUUUAUUCAAAUACAAAAUAGACAUUGUUAAAGCAAUGUGAGUAUUUCUAUGAUGUUUGUUUUUUGAAAAAUUCUUUCCUGAUCUUCCCUGAACAGAAGUCCCUUUAUAAACUCAUGAAAAGAUUCUGCUGAGAUAUCCUUUGUUUUCCUAUAAAAACAAUCUGUGUUACUAGAAUCAAGGAAGUUUAAUGUGUGCAUGUUCUAACUUAUUUUGUAAUUUGAAUUUAAUUGAAAUAAAGGUUAA